AUGACCGAAUUGUCCGUCCAAUCAUUUCUCUCCUUUCCCACCGUUCAGCAUCUUCCCAACAUGACCCUUUCUGCGGGCCGAUCCUCCCGACGACAGGACGCGCCGAACCAUCGCCAUUUGCCCAAUGGACAUGGCGUGUCCGCGUCCGAUCCGGCAACGGGGCUUGUUCACCAGCGCCGAUCGUCGUCCGGCGGCCGGGGACCCUCAGCGCCUGGCUCCGGCCGAGUUGAAGCACCAAUCGGCCCAUCGCGUCGUCAGGGUCCAUCGGCCGAGUUUCCCGUGGCAACAGAGGCUGUUGCCAGCCGGCGCCAUGCUCCGGCGGGCAAGACGAUGGGCCAGUCCACGAAUCGACGGGCAAAGUCGACUUUGGAGCUGAACGAAGAGCUUUCUAGUGUUGGUUCUACUUCGCUUUGGCAACUUGGUCGGAGCGUCAGGGAGACCGUAUGGAACGUACCUGAUCUUGUGUCCCAUGCCAUAGUAUUCGGGAUUGCCAGCAUCAGCCCAUUGACCUGGUACAUUCCUAAAACGUUUCGUGGGAAUCGUCAGUGA